GGUUGAAGCCCGAUGACGCAAAGGUGGCCAGCAUUCGUGAUUGGCCACGUCCUCAGUCUGUGACUGAGAUGAGAUAUUCUUAGGGAUGACCGGCUACUAUCGCAACUUCGUGGAGAACUAUAGCAUAGUUGCCUCCCCUUUGACUGAUCUGACCCGCCUUGACACCCCAUGGGAGUGGACUGACAGAUGCGAGGCUGCUUUCAGACAUCUGAAGCAUGCGUUGACGCAUUACGAAGUGUUGAAACUUCCUGAUCCUGACAAGCCCUUUAUAGUGUCUACGGAUGCUAGCCAAUAUGGCAUAGGCGCCGUGCUUGCACAACAGGAGGGGAAAAAGUUGAGGCCUGUAGAGUACAUGUCCAAAAAGAUGCCCUCUCAAAAGUUGGCUAAGUCCACCUAUGAGAAGGAACUSUAUGCGGUUUACAAGGCUCUGACCCAUUGGAGACAUUAUCUCCUUGGGAGGUUCUUCAUCCUCAGGACUGAUCAUCAGACUCUGAGAUGGAUGAGAACUCAGCCUGUACUCUCUGACACCCUCAAGCGUUGGAUCGAAGUCAUAGAGCAGUAUGACUUCGAGCUCCAAUACAUCAAGGGCGGGUACAACAAGGUUGCUGAUGCCUUGUUGCAUAGGCCUGAUUUCUUAGGUGCGCUGAUUACUGAGUUUGGGCUCGAGGACAGUGUUACUCAGUCUUUGGUGGAAGCCUAUCGCGAGGACCCGUUUAUGGCCGAGAUCAUACGCAGACUAGAGGCGAAGGACAAAAGAACUUCUGCCGAGUUUGAGUUGAUCAACGGCCUGCUGUUCCUUGAGAAGGCAGGGAAUAAACGUUUGUGUGUUCCGAAUAGCGAGUCUUUGCGCAGUUUAUUUUUAGGAGAAUGUCAUGAUGCCACCGGACGUUUUGGUUUUCAGAAUGUGUUGCAGCGGUUCUGGUGGCCCACGAUGAUGAGAGACGCGAAGUUGUACGUGGAGACUUGUCACGACUAUCAAAGAGACAAGCCACGUACUCAGGCUCCUCUUGGGCUCCUGAAGCCCCUUCCGAUUCCGGAAAGGCCUGGUGAGAGCCUGUCCAUGGACUUCAUGGAUACGUUGGUCACCAGCAAGAGUGGAAUGCGCUACGUCUACGAUAUUGUGGAUAGGUUUAGUAAGUUUGCUAGAUUAGUUGCAAUGCCCGAGACAACGAAGACUGAGCAUGUAAUUAAGUUGUUCAAAGAGAACUGGGUUACAGAUUUUGGAUUGCUGAAGUCUUUAGUCAGUGACUGUGAUGUGCGAUUCACAAGUAGCUCUUCGAUGGAACCGCGUACACGUGCCCAGAUCGAGGCACGAAGAGGUGAAUUGGGAGAACUUCGCUCCCAGCUGCUGGUGGACAUAGAAUACGCUGUCCCGACCGCAAGAGAACACAUCCGUGAGAUCCAGACCUAUGUUGGGACUGCACCGGUAGAAGAAGAGUCGCAAGUUGCGUUCACCACUUCUUGUAUGGGUGGUGAAGUGAAGCAAUGGGUUCUGGCAGAGGCGAAUGCCGCGAGGUUUGACGAUAUAGGUGAUUGGGCGAAGACUAUGACCUUGAAGCAAUUCCUUGCAAAAGUCAAGGACCGCUUUCUGGACAAGACUACGACCGAUAAGGCCUUCGACCAACUCACCACGAUAGGACAGAAGUCCUGGUCUUCAGUUGAGUCGUUGUCUCGUGAGGUUGACCGACUGUUGCAGGUUCCCGGUCUUAACCUGCAGAACUCUCAGGUCCUUUACAUUUACUCGCGUGCAUUACCCGAACCGAUCAGAGGGCACUUGGUCGCCGAGGCCAAGUCCGGUAAGUAUAGUUACCGUCAGUUCCGCGACCUGGCGUUGCAGCGGGAACGAAUGACUUCGCAAGUCAAAGGUUCCUAUGCUGCUGCCGUAAAGAAUGGAGGAGGAAGCAGUCGGGGAGGCUACGACAAGCGGGUCAUAUGGCGUCAAAAGCGCCAAGAUCACACCCUCGUCGUAUUCGACGAUGAUACAAUGGAGAAAUGGCCAUUGGAGAACGAGGGUGCUGGUGACAGCAGCAGUGACCCUGGAAAGGGGGAGGUUAUCGCGACGAUCAACAAGGGAGGACCGUCAUCGAACACUCGACCGAAGGGAGGACCACGCUCCUUCCCAUACCAUCCUGGGAUUGCGGCCGACAGACCGUGGCUGAAGAUGGGACUAACCCGGGAGGUGUGGCAAGAUAUAAUGGAUAAUGCGCAGUGCCUCAACACAAUGACGGUAACGCAGUACGUCGAUCGUGUUCGUUGUCAGUUCAGUACCAAGGAUGGGAAGAAGAUUUGGCAUGAGCUUCCCUUCCUGAUCGAGAAGAACAUGCCGUUUGAUAUCAUCUUGGGAAUGGAUUGGCACGUGGAAGUUGAUCCCAAGAUUGAUUUCAAACAGAAAGAAGUAAGAAUUAAGGAUGAAUCGUCUGAGUUGCAACCGAUUAAGUUGUAUCAUCGGUCAGGGUCCGACUCUGUCUUGUCCUUCUGUUGCAUGAGCUACCCUGCAUUCCGAUCGAUGGUUGCAAAGAAGAAGUUAGAGGAUGAGGUAGUAAUGUUGUUAGUUAAGAAAGUAGGUGAGUCUUCGACUACCCAUCCUCCUGGCAUAGAUGCACUCCUAACGGAGUUUGCCGAUGUUCUGUCUGAACCAACCGGGGUCACUUCGCGUACUAUCAAGCACACGAUCGAGGUUGUGCCCGGUAGCAAGGUUCCCAAGGGCCCUAUUUAUCGCAUGUCUCCAAGGGAACUUGAGGAACUUAAGAAACAACUGUCUGAGUUGACGGAGAAAGGAUGGAUUCGCCCUAGCUCCUCUCCUUAUGGUGCACCUGUCUUGUUUGUGCCCAAAAAGGAAGGUGAGUUGCGCCUUUGCAUCGAUUACCGAGGGCUAAAUGCCGUCACCGUUAAAAACGCCGAACCUUUGCCAAGGAUCGACGAUUUCUUGGAUCAGUUGCAAGGUUGUAAGGUUUUUAGUAAGAUCGACCUUAAGUCUCGGUACCACCAGACCGAGGUGGAUCCCGUCGAUCAUCAUAAGACCGCGUCUCGUAUGAGAUAUGGUCAUUACGAGUUCAUCGUGAUGCCAUUUGGUCUAACGAACGCACCUGCGACCUUCCAAAGGUCAAUGAACGAGUUAUUCAGGCAAUGGCUCGACGACUUCGUCAUUGUCUAUCUGGAUGACAUUCUAGUGUAUAGUAAAACACUAGAAGACCACCAGAAACAUCUACGUCUAGUACUCGGGAAGUUACGCGAGGAGGCCAAGACUGAGCUUGUGAUUGCUAAAUUUCAGACGCGAUGGGUAAUUGAGUAUGGGUUUCCCAUGUCUAUCGUAUCUGACCGCGAUGUCAGGUUCACAAGCAUGCCUUGGCAGAAGCUGAUGGAGGCCUACGGUACACGACUCACCAUGUCGUCAGGCAGACACCCUGAAACGAAUGGCCAGUCUGAGCAAAUGAACCGUAUGGUCCAACAACUUCUGAGAAUGUAUGUCCGUCCUGACCAAAUAGACUGGGAUGAGAACUUACCCAAGAUUGCCGGUGCAUAUAACAAUAGUGUGCAUACCGCGACGGGACGCACACCUAACACACUUCACGAGGGUUGGAAGCCUAAGCGUCCCAUUGAUGUUUUAACCAGGGAUCAGUUUCUUAGACUUCCACCAGGGACAAAGGAAUAUGCCAUUAUGUUUCACGAAGACAUCAAAAGGGUGAAGGAGAAUCUGAGGAAAACCCAAGAGCGCAUGACGCCCGUCUACUUUUCAAGUUGGUGACUUGGUCUGGGUUAAGUCCAAAGAGUUCACUCUAGAAGAAGAUGUUUCUCAUAAACUGAUGCCUGUCUAUCUAGGACCCUGGGAAGUUCUCAAGGUGAUAGGGGAUGGCGAUGGACCAUCAUACCAGAUUGACAUUCCCCCUCAUCUUCGGACGUACCCCGUCUUUCACGCGUCUAAAUUGCUUCCAUAUGUAGAAGGAACAAAAUUUCCUCACCGAC